AUGAUCCAGGGUGCCUCGGGGCCCGGUGGCCUCAGCUGGGGCUGGGGCGGGCAGGAUGACUGGGACGGCGCUGUCCUGACCCUGCUGGCGCUGGCUGCGGUGGCCGCCUCGGCACUGGCCUUGCACUGGUUUGGCUCUGGGCAGGACCAGGAGGCAGCAGCACCCGCAUCCACAGCCCCUGGGGCCCAGCCUUCACAGGCAGGAGGAGCCAGGCCCGCCCUGCCCCUGAAGUCCAAGGUCAGUGGUGGUGUUGAGGGAAGCAGCCCAGGGCAGGGGAAGCCAGACCCUCCGGAACGUGGCCAGGGGAGUCCGGCUGCAGCAGGGGCCCAGGAUCCGAAGCUCCGGGGAGGUGGCCGUCUGGCUGCCACAGCUCUACCUCCACUCAAGACACCUGGUGAGGUGACCACUGGAGGGGCCUUGGGACAGCAGCAAGGUAAUGCCAAGCCAGAAGCCCCCCGAGGCAAAAGAAGGGAGCCUCUCGGGCCAGGUACUGCCCUCGUGGGUAGAAGCAAAGUGGGGGGGACGUCUGGCCCCCUCCUGAUACACUUCACCCCUCGGAGUCCUGGCAGACAGAUGGAAGGACAAGUGGAGGCAGGAGGCGUCCAAGUCAAGGUGCCAACUCACCAGGGCCUGGUCCACACCACAGAACAGGACACCAGUCCCUGGCAACGAGGUGUAGGGUCACCUGGCUCACUAGAGAGAGGCCCCAGCAGCCGGCGGUGGCAGGUGGACCACAGCUCAGGAGAUAGAAACCGCCACUUCCCGAGGUUGGACUCCCUGCGCCUGGGAGCUGUGGUGAGCGUGUGGGAUGCUGUGGAUGCAGGCAGCAGCCUCUCCACAGGCUCUCAGAGGCCCCCUGUUCCCCAGGAGCCACCUCCAUCACACACCACGCAGACUGGGCCCUUGGCUGAGGGCACAGAGAAGGGGUGCAGGGAGAGCAGCCUCCAACCAGCCCCAGUCCUAGCUCUGGAAAGCAGGGAGCCUGGGUCCCAGGCUCCCAGGGAGGCUCAGGGAUCUCCAGCCUCCGUGGAAGGCUGGCCCUGGGAGAGGAGGGAUUUUCUUGUCACCAGGAGCUUCAGCCAGGCCCCAGGCUCCAUGGGCCCAUGGCCAGAGGGGUCGCAGUGUGGACACCCACUCUUGUCUCAAGGGCGGGGGACCACAGACGCCAACGACGCAGUAAAGGCUGGGGCUAAUGGCUCUGGAGAUGGCUCUUUCUUCAGCUCAGGGCCCGGUGGGACAGAGGAGCAAGCGGGCCACGGCGUCAGAGAAGGGAGAGAAUCCCAGCAAGGCCAGGGGGAGCAGAGCAGUGAGCAGGAGGGAGACCUUCAGGACAGAGGAAAGCCCUCUACAGACACCGUCCAGGGAGCCCCCUCCUUGAGUCCCUUAGGCACACCCUCUCCACGCUUCCCUAAGCCCCUUCCACCCUUGGCUUCCCCUCUGACAGUACGUCCCCAAGGAGGUCUCUUACCUGUAGGCCCAACCUCCUCACCUUCAGACUCUUUGUCCCUCAGAGUUAGCCAGGGUCCUGUGGAGGAUGAAACUCACAGGCCAGUGCAAGCCCCAGCUGCAGCCCCAGCCCCAGCCCCGUCCGCUGCCCUAGCCUCAACCCCAGCCCCAGCCCCAGCCCUAGUGUCAGCCCCAGCGCCAUCCUCAGCUGCAGCCCCAGCCCUGUCCCCUGCCCCCAGUAGUGGGUCAAGGCCUACGGCACAGGACCACAGUGUGGCUCUCCGCAAGGACAAGCAGGAGGGGCAAAUCUCAACCAGCUGGGAAAAUCUUAUUUCCAUGGUUCUUAGGAGUCACCCUUUCCCCAGGCAAGAGAGACCCCAAGGGAGAGCCCCAAGGGCAGCUCCCGAGAGCCCUAGAGAUCCCAGCACUGGUGCACCCUCUGAGAACAGAGAGUCUGCUUCUGCCCCUGAAGGGGCCGCCCCCAGCCUGGAGGUCAGGAAUGGCUCCUCAGGGGCAGACACAGAGGCUGGACGUCGGCAACAGCAGAGCCACUUGGAGACCAAGGAGGCUCCCAUCCCAGAGCCUCCCUCAGGUCCGAGAGGAGAUGCAGUCGAGGAGAAGCGUGCAGAAGACCCUCUGUUGCCGGGAGCUGCAAUGCCCGGGGCCCCAUCACCGCGCCCUGAGCGGAGGCAGCCAGGCCCCCAACCCUCCCCCACUGGGAGGGGCGCCUCACAGCCGGUUCCGCCGCCGCGGAAACGCGGCGCGUGUCAAAGAGCAGAGAGCUCCGAGCGCGGUGUCCGCCAGGGGGCGUCCGCGAGGCGCCGGGGAGAGGCUCCAGGGGAGAAGCCCCGCCCUGCAGGCCGCGGGAUAGUCGUCCCGGGAAAGCAGAAGGAGGCCCGCAAGCUCAUGGUGCUUCUGCAGAGGCCGGGGCGCUGGGGGGAGGGGGAGGGGCCCUGGAAGCCCAGCCCCCUAGCCCGCGAGCCGGCUUCGGCAGCAGCUCUACCACAACGCCCGGACCUGGGCAACUGCCUGGACGUCCUGGCCUUCGCCCAGCGGCACGCGGAGCCCGGCCUGCUGCGGGAGACAUACGCCUUGAUGAGCGACAAUCUGCUGCACGUGCUGGGAGACCCGCACCUCUACCGGCAGCUGAGCGGGGCGGACCGGGAGCGCAUCCUGAGCCUUCGGACUGGCCGGGGCCAGGCGGUGCUGGGGGUCCUUGUGCUGCCCAGCCUCUACCGGGUGAGCCGCUCAGGGCUCACCAGGGGCCCUUGUGGGGAGGAGGCUCCUACUCCGGGGCCUGCACCCCUGCCUCCGCGCACGCACCUGCACGUGUUCAACCCCCGAGAAAACACCUGGCGGCCCCUGACUCAGGUGCCGGAGGAGGCCCCGCUGCGGGGCUGUGGUCUCUGCACCAUGCACAACUACCUGUUCCUGGCCGGGGGCAUCCGUGGCUCCGGUGCCAAGGCCGUCUGCUCCAACGAGGUCUUCUGCUACAACCCGCUGACCAACAUCUGGAGCCAGGUGAGGCCCAUGCAGCAGGCCCGGGCCCAGCUCAAGCUGGUGGCUCUGGACGGGCUGCUUUACGCCAUCGGUGGCGAGUGCCUGUACAGCAUGGAGAGCUACGAUCCGCGCACGGACGCCUGGACCUCGCGCGCGCCCCUCCCUGCAGGCACCUUCCCUGUGGCCCACGAGGCUGUGGCCUGCCGUGGGGACAUCUAUGUCACUGGGGGCCACCUCUUCUACCGCUUGCUGAGGUACAGCCCUGGGAAGGAUGCAUGGGAUGAGUGCCCCUACAGCGCCAGCCACCGGCGUUCCAGCGACAUGGUGGCGUUGGGAGCCUUCCUCUACCGCUUCGACCUGCUGCGGGGCGUGGGCGCUGCGGUGAUGCGCUACAACACGGUGACCGGCUCCUGGAGCCGGGCGGCCUCCUUGCCACUGCCCGACCCGGCCCCACUGCACUGCACCGCGCUGGGCAACACCAUUUACUGCCUCAACCACCAGGUCACGGCCACCUUUACGGUCUCCGAGGGGACUGCCCAGUUCCAGGCCAGGGAGCUGCAGCCCUUUGCUCUGGGGAGUAAGGGCGUCCUCUGUCCAUUCAUCCUGACUCUGCCUGCCACCGACCCCCUGCAGACUGCCCUCUGAGCUGCUCUCCGGGGACACCCUGGGGCUGGGGGUCUGCUGGCAGGUGGGGCACAGAAGGUGGCUGGGAUCCAGAACUUUCUGCCAUUGUUUCUGGGACAGCUUUCUUUUUCUGUUUUAAUAAGACUCAU